AUGGCUUUGAAUACUAACAAUGAUCCUAUGAUGUGCAAAUGCUUCCCUACGAGCUUGGAUAGACCAGCUCUCAAUUGGUUCAAGAAUCUGGCUCAGGGCUCAAUCACUAGUUUCCAGGACUUGUGCGAUAAGUUCAUAAGCCAGUACUAUGGGAAUAAACGUCCGGCUAAGGAUGUAUCAAGCCUUUUCACAAUGAAGCAGCACGAGGAUGAACGGCUCCAAACUUUUCUCACCCGGUUCAACCUCGUUAAAAGCAUGGUAAUGGAGUGUCAUCCGUCCACAGCGGUCCAAGCAUUUAAACUCGCAAUGAACCGGGGGACGCUGUUCCAUACCAGCUUGGUGGUUAAUACGCCGAAGACCAUAGACGAGCUGUACGAGAGAACUGACGGUUUUGUUCGUCUUGAGGAGGAAGAAACAGCUAAUUCAAGGAAGACGUCAAUUAUUUCGACGGAAAAGAAGUCCAAAGCCAAGAUCCGGCAAAAAAAAGCUCAGCCGCAACGUCAUACCUCAUGGAAAGCGAAAAAAAGGCCUAGGGAGGAGGAAUCAGUAACUCCACUCAGAGUCACUUUAGCAAGGCUAUACCAAGAAAACAAAGAUAAGAACCUAAGGAAGCAGGUAGAGAUGCUAAUAACAAAGGGGGAAUUUGUAAGCUAUGUUCAAGGUCUGGCGCAAGAGCAGAAUCGACCGGCUGAACAGAUCAAGCGGAAUCAGAGGCCGAACCAAUACAACUCUCAGCCUGUUCGGAUUAUAAAUGCAAUUCAUGGACGACCUGAACAAACGACGGAGUCAGAGGAGUUGCUCAGAACGCGGUUACGUCAGGCCCAGCUGAAAAGAAGGAUUGGUAGUGUGCAUGCUUUGCACCAGCAGAACGCAUCCACGCCGAUAAAGUUCGACAGAACAGACCUGCUACGCGUUCAGAUUCCUCAUGAAGAUCCAUUAGUUGUCAGUCUGACGGUUGCAGAAUGCCUGGUUCGAAGAGUUUUGAUUGAUCCAGGAAGUAGUGCAAAUGUCAUGCCAGGGUGA